AUGGCCGAGCGCGAUCUGAGCGACAGCAGCCGUAUCUUGGCCAACAUGAGCACCAACAGUGGAGCAUCAGGGGUGUUGGCGACAGUGGCGAAUCUUGGAGUGAGAGGACCCGAGAAGUCACAACAUCCUGCCAUGACGUCAGAAGAUAUCCAAGGGUCCCUUCCACAGACGCAAUCUCAAGCCCAGGCUCUUACACAACAGCAGCAGCAACCAUUGCAUCACCAUUCUCACCACUCGUUGUCCAUCCAAGGUCAAGGAUCACAGCAACAGGCGUUGUCUACUACAGGAGUCGUCAGCGGAGGAAACAACGCACCUGUGAUCGGAUCCGUUUCAGAAGGAACAGCUGUUAAUGGUACAACGGGUGUCCAGGUUGCUGGAGGGACCUUUGGCCUGGCCAUCUCUCAUUUACCGGGCGUUCCAACACCUACAAGUCAAUUACUGCAGCAACAGCAACAGCAUCAUCAACAGCAGCAGCAGCAGCAGCAGCAGCAGCAGGCACAGCAACAAGCGCAUCAGGCCCAACAAGUCCAGCAAGUCCAACAACAGCAGCAAUUUUUAUUAAUGCAGCAACAAGCACAGCAGCAGGUUCAGCAGCAUCAACAACAACAGCAGGAGGAACAACACCGUCAGCUGAAAGAGCUACAGGAUCAAGAACAGCGACGUCUCCAGCAACAGGAUCCACAGCAGGCACAGCCCUCCGCGGAAUCAAGGUUGGACUCGGUAAAAGAGGAGAUUAUAGUGCCGAAUCAGGAACAGGAGUUCGAGACACUGGAGGCAGCGCAGAUAGCUGCAGAACGCUAUGCCCGAAGUGUUAAUACUGUUGUUAUUGUGAAGCGGACGACAAAGGAUAAGCUCGGGAAUGUGGUUCAGAAAGAUUUGGCGUGCGAAAGACAAGGCGCCUACCUGGGAUCAACCAAGAGGGCACCAGAUGUAGGGAUUCGAACGAAGCGCUGCGGCUGUCCGUGGAUGAUCUCGGUUGGAUUUUCAAAGAAGCGUGGAAAUCGGGAUGGGAAACGCGGGCGUUUCACAAAAGUGAACCUGGAGCACAACCACCCACUUCAGCCACUCAUCGACAUCGACCCUUUGGGGACAAAAUCAAUGAAACCGGAAUCUAAAGUGGCCGCAUCAAAGUUCAAGACAUCCAGUGCAUCAACCCCACGUUCUCAAUCAUCUCGCCCUCGAGCCAACGUGUCAAUUUCCACUGUUGCUGGAAUAACCAAGAUAUCGACAGGAGCAGACAUAACCAACAAGACGACUGAAGGGAAAAGUGCUCCGAGCAAGGAUUCUACCGCAAAAGUUGUUGCUAAUAACAAUGGCACCCUUACAGACUAUGGGAUGUCUGGAUUUCUUCCACAAGGCUCCGCCGUUGCAUCUGGACGUGUUUCAACUAUGCCUUCGGUAUCGCUGUCAGGACUUCAGCCCUCUCGCAAUGCCCUGGUGCCUCUUCCGAGCGAUGUGAUUCCUGGACUUGCAACAGAGGGACCAGAUGCCCAUCGACCUCUUCAAAGCUUACCGCAAAGGGAGAUUACCUGGGAUGACAUUAAAGCCCAGAUGAACCAUGUACCGUGGGAACUUCAACAGAACGUUAUGAAGGCGUUUAUGGAUGUGAUACAUGUCACUUUGCAGUCUUAUCAGAUACCGAUCAUUGGAGCCGACCGGAAUGCAGCAGGAUCGAGCGGGCCCGAUGCAGCUACUGCAGCUGCCAUCGCCGAUGUUGUAGGAAGCUUGCCCUCCAACUACAACCCCAACCCAGCUUCAUCUCAGCCGCAGCCACUUCCUUCUCAGCAGACGCAGCCUCAACAACAGCAACAGCAAUCACAAUCACAAUCGCAAAAAACACAGCAGCCCUCAUUUACCCGCCAUCGUAAUUUACCAGGCGCCGCCACUGGGUCAUCAGCAAUGGAGGGGAUUUCUCAUGGGCUCACAACUGCAGUCUCGUCCUCGACUUCCAGUUUAUUGCAGUUACAUCGAAAUGGCCAUAGUCGGCAAGGCUCUAAUGCAAAUUCAAUCCAAGUGCCAAGCACAGAGGGACCAACCAAGAUGAUACCCAAUCAGUCUUCCACAGCCCAAGUAUCGACGGCAAUCCCAACUGUUGCACCUACCCUUCCGCUCUCCGCUGCUCAUUCGCAUUCAAUCGCGGUUUCUGCCAGCGUGACAGCGCCAUCUACCCCAACAUCUUCGCAUCCUAUGUCCGCUACGGCAUCACCACUUUUGACACCCCAGCCGACUCUACGAAAUGCCGGCAUAGCCCAUCUAUCCAUGUCAGGGGAUGCGGCCAUUCAUCACCAUCAGAACAGCUAUCUUCAUCACAGUAGGCAGUCAAGUCAUGCUGGAUCUAGCCACAGCCGUUCACUCAGCGCGUCUUCCGUGAAUAUGACCGCUGUUGCAGGAGGAGGCGCAAAUAUACAGGGCUUGGACACGAGUGGAACGCAGUUGGCAGUUGGUCAUAGCCAUAACAAAGGAAGCAGUAGUAAUGGCAGUCUAGAGUCGUCCUCGUUGCCAACGCAAGCACUUGUCGAAGCAGCCCGAGUACGUGCACAAGUACAGGCUCAGGCACAAGCACAGGCACAAGCGCAGGCACAAGCGCAUGCUCAAGCUCAAGCUCAGGCUCAGGCUCAGAUUCAGGCCCAAGUGGAUGCGAAUGCUGAAGCAGCGGUGACCGCAGCCAUGAACUUGAACGCGCUUUCAGGGCCUAAUACAGUGACCGGCACACCCAUGACAGGAGCAAACGCCUCGCCUGUAUUCUCUGGUACGGUCGCGGUAUCCCAUGCAGCAUCUUCGUCAAUACCCCUGAACAUAUUGGAUGACGCCGUGAGAAUGCAUACCUUGGAGAUGAACCCAGCAUUCACGCAGCUCCAGCAGUUCCACGAGCAACAACAACAGCAACAGCAACAGCAACAGCAUCAGCAAAGACUUCACCUGUUGCAGCAGCAGCAGCAACAACAACAGCACCAACACCAACACCAACACCAGCAGCAGCAACAGGUGCAGGUGCAGGUGCAUGCCCGAGCGACAGAAGACGAUAAGGACGGUCAUGAUCUGAAUGGAGAACCAUCCCGGAAACGCGUCAAGGCAUAG